GUUGUGCUGGCUCUCCUGCUACUUGACGUUUACGAUUUGUCUUGUCCUGUCAUUUUUUAUUUAAUAUUCGGAACGAUUGUAUUUUUCACUUCUUUGGUAAAAUAAUAAUUAACUAAUUGCGAGUUGUUCCGUUUUAACAUUGCGUCGCAAUGUCGUACCAGUUGUACCGCAAUACAACUCUGGGUCAUACGUUACAGGAAAGUUUGGAUGAGUUAAUACAGUAUGGUCAAAUAACGCCCCAGCUGGCUUGCAAAGUGUUGUUACUGUUUGAUAAGUCCAUUAACAUGACUUUGGCCACUCGGGUCAAGUCUCGGUUAACGUUCAAAGCUGGCAAACUGAAUACUUAUCGAUUUUGCGACAACGUGUGGACGUUCAUGCUCAACGAUGUCGAGUUUCGAGAAGUGCAAGAGAUUACCAAGGUUGAUAAAGUGAAGAUUGUUGCCUGUGAUGGAAAAAGUGUUGGAGAUGAAGGCAGUUCAAAGAAGUAAAAAUGGUUUCUGUGACUCUAUUUUGUAAAUAUUUAUAGCAGUUAAUUUUAUAUUAUUUGUAAGGUUCUUUGUGAAACUGGAGUCAGUCCUGAGUGAGUGAGGUGUGUCCUUUUGUCGUUAAAAUGUUGAACUACUUAAUUUUAAUAAACGCAUUUUGUAAUAAAAUGGAAGCAAAUAAAUGCUAAAAAAAA